AUGUCAAUCCUGGUCAACCCUUUAGCUACCGUGGACCAGCUCUCACAAUCUGGAUCCCAACUUGAUGGUGUACCCGCUGACCUAGAGAACUCCAUCCGAUUUGCGGGCGCGCGUUUGACUCAAGCUGCAGGCAUACUGUUGCGGCUUCCUCAAGACAUCAUAGCCCAAGCCAUCGUGAUAUUCACGCGAUUCUUCGUAGGGCCUGAAGGUGGCAGUCUGAAGGAGUACGGGGCUAAAGUAAGAAACCCCGUGGCCCUGGUCAGCAUAAUCGAGGCUCAUACGACACAGGAUAUAUCCGCUGGAUCAUUAUAUCUGAUGGCGAAACUAUCUUCAACCCCAAGAUCACCUCGCAGUGUGCUCAACGUCUACGCCUAUCUAGACUCCUUCCCCUCAACCUUCGUCGACGCGUCAGAAUUCGACGAGGAAAAAGACCCUGAGUCGUACUAUCUCACUGAAGGCACCUACCACGCUCAAAGGACCUUGCUGCUGAGAACAGAAGCGCUCAUUCUUCGAGUGCUCGGCUUUCAGACGCACGUUGCUCUCCCCUACACGCUGUGUAUCAACUAUCUGCAGACGCUCGAUGUGUUCAGUCACCCUGAGAGCCAGGAUCUUGCUAAGCGGGCCUUUGCGCAACUGAAUACGUUACUGCUUAGCCCGCAGCUGGUCUAUCUUACACAUCAGCCGUAUGCCUUGGCUACUGCAUCUAUCUAUCUAGCCGCGAGGGAACUAGGCGUCAAAUUGCCGGAUGAGGAGUGGUGGGAAGUCUUUGACACGGAUAGAGAAGAGUUGGGAUUUUUGGUUGUUGCGAUGAGGAGUAUGGAGGGGUUUGCUGCGGAGGAGAAGCGGAAGUGGGGCAAGAGGAAGGUGCCGCUGACUGUUGAGGAGAUUGAGGGCGAGCUGGAGAGGAGGAGCUUGCUGAAUGGUCGAGGAUGA